AAAUAACUUUUAAUACUAAUUUUUUAUUUGGAAACAUUUUGUGGUAUGUUUUACACUCAAGUAUUCAAAAAUAUCUUUUUAAAAUAUAUUUUCAAAAAUUAAAAUUUCUCAUGCCUUUAAUUUAAAUAUUACAGUAUUUAGUUAUGUAUCAUAAAUACAGAUCUCUAUGACAUCUAUACAAUAUCUUAGAUGGCGCUCAUGAGCGAAUGAAAUUGAUAGGUUUGUGAGAUGUGCUUUUGACAGAAGAAAGCUUGUUUGUUUUGAAAAUGAACUUAUCAUGAUUUUUUAGAAAUUUAUUAAAUUAAUGAUCUAAAUAUAUAUAAAUAUCGAGAGAUAUCUUAUGAUCAUAAGUUAUCUCAUUAUAUAUAAUGAAAGUUGAUUGGAUAUGUUUAAGUCAAGAUGAUUUAAGGCCUAUCAAACAUCUUUGUCGAACUGGAUAUUGCUGUCCUUUAUGUCCAGAAGAUGUUGUUAAACCAGGAAAGCCUGCUCGUAUUAAAAUGCAUCUUAUGACAGUACAUUGGAAGAGUAGAGUAGAAUUUCAAGGCUACUUUUUAGUGAGAUGUGGUUAUAAAUGCGAACCAAAUGCAACUGUUUCAUCAAACAAACGAUAUUGGCAUUAUCACUGUCCUAUAUGCCCUUUUAGAGCAAAAAUGAAAGAAAAAUUUACUAAACAUCUUGCAAAGAAACAUCCUGCUCCAAUUAACAUUAAAUCUGAUUAUAAACAUGAUCAACCAAAUGAUUGGGUUAGUUUUCCUUCUAACAAAAUGAUUCUUCAAGAUGUUGGUGUACAGACAGAUAAGUAUGAUAUGAAUUCAAACUGCUUAGAAGGAAUACCAAUUAAACUUCCAAGUGGAUUCACUUAUCUUACACUUGCUGAAGAACAUGGUGAUGGUGAUAAUUAUACUCUACGAUUACAAACAAAUAUUGCUAGCAAAGAUGAUAUUUUUAAUUGGAUAAAACAAUAUAAUGAAGAAACAAAAAUAACUAUGAAAUUAGGACAAACAUAUCCUGGUUCUCAAAAAUUAAGAUUCAGAUGUCAACAUAAUACACGAAAUAAGCAGAAGGAAGAGAAGAGAGCAACAAAAAAUACUUCUUGUCCAGCAUCUAUUAUUGCUGUAAUAUCAGAUGACCCUGUGCUUCAAUCACUAAAUACUACUACAAGGUCAACAACAACAAAUUCUUGUAGUCUUCUAAUCAAAUUUUGUCAUAAUCAUCCUUUAGACGAUAAUAUUCUAAAGUUUCGGCCUGUUUCCACAGAUAUUCUUAAUAAGCUUAAUAAAAUGUUUGCAGAUGGCUAUAGACCAUCAUUUGCCUUACAUCUUCAUAGAUUUGAUUUGCAAAUAGAAUAUGGUGAAAAAUAUCCCAAAAUUCUAGCUGAUAGAUAUUUUUGUCCAACUGUUGAUAAUUGUCAACAUUUUCAUAAAAUGUUUUUUAAAAAUCAAAAGGAUUUGUCUGAUAAAAAUGCAUUUAAUAAUUCUAGUGAAAAUAUAAAUGAUUCAAAUGAAGUAUAUGAAAAGCAAAUUAGAAAUCACAUUACUAUGAACAAUGAAAAAGAACAUUUGAAAAGAUUAGCUGCCUCUUACAAUGCUGAACAUGAUGAAGAAGGAGGAAAAAUUGUUGUUUAUUACGAAGUGGAACAAGAAACUGUACAUCCUUAUGUAGCUAUUUGUACACCUAUUAUGGCUCGCAUUCAUAGAUUAGUAAGGGAAUCAGGAGAGGUCUGCUUCUGUGAUUCAACCAAAGGUAUUGAUAGAUUUCACUGCCGUUUGAUAUUAUUUCUUGUUCGUUCUGCAGUUGGAAGUUUACCACUUGCUCUUGGAAUAACUAGCAACAAAAGUAAAACAUCUUGGCUAACUCUCUUCAAUCUUAUUAAGGAAACUUUACCAAAUUGGGCAUUUUAUGGACGUGGUACACAAGGACCAUGGUAUUUUGUUAGUGAUGAUAAUGAUUCCUUACAAAGUGCUUUACAUUCAGUUUGGUCUAAUAGUGAAUUAUUUUUAAGUGAUCUUCUGAUCAGACAGUCAAUGUGGAGAUGGCUAUGGUUAGAUACAGAUCGAAUACACAAACAAGAUAGACCAAUGUUGAUGAAUUAUCUCAUUAGAUUAUUGUAUGCUGAGAAUGAACAAGCUUUAGAUGUAACUUAUUCUUAUAUUAUUAAUGAUCCUUGUGUACAAAAGUACAUUAAUUUCAGAAAUUAUUUAGAAGAUUUAUGGACCAGAAGACGUCAAUGGGCAUUAUGUUACAGAAAGCAUAUACCAUUACCUUCUCUUCAAGGCACAACAAUAACUGAUUUAGUGGAAUCUGUUUCUAAAGAUUUGAAAGGAAAUAUUUUGGGACCAUUCAAAGCAUUUAGUGUGAUACAUUUAGUUGAUUUUGUAAUAAAUAGAAUGGAAGACUAUUUUCAUAAGAAGUUGAUAGAUUCAGCUCAUAAUAGAAUAACAUCAUUGAUUGCUGCAAAAAUAUCAGAAUUGAGAAAUGUUGCAUCUUUACAUGAUAUAAUUCAAAUAUCUCCAUCUGUAUUUGAAAUACCAGAUAAUAGGAAAAUGGGAUAUACAUAUGCUGUUGAUACAGAAUUAUGGAUUUGUAGCUGUAAUGUUGGUCAGAAUGGGGCUUUAUGCAAACAUCAGAUUGCUGUUGCUCAGAAAUAUAAUAUUUUAGGUUUGCAUGUGCCAAUGCUUAUGCCUGAACAGAGACAUUUAUUUUAUACUAUUGCAACUGGAGAAGAAUUUUUCUUAGAUAUGUGGCUUCAGCCUGUUAACAAUUGUGAGGAAAUGGAUCAAUCAAUAGAUAACACAACUAACGAUGAUGGAGUUAGUGAUAGCAUUCAUAGUCCUUACAAUCCUCCUGUUGCUGUUACUGAAAUGACAAGGCAUUAUGAAUAUUUGAAACAGCAGCUUGAUAUAAUGUAUGGCAACAUAUGUGAGAAGAUGAAAAAAGAUGAAACUUAUUUUCCUGCAGUAAAAGCUUUCCUAACUGCUUUUAAUACAAUGAAGACAGAUUCUGAAAUUCUUGGUGCUUUAUAUUCAUUUGGGAAAUGCAACUCUGUUCAUCAAUGAAAAUCAUUUUAUGUAACUUAAUUUUUUAUUUUAUUUAUUUGUUGUUGCAAACUAAUAUAAUGUAAUUUUCAUAGCUAGAUAAUAGUAUUU